AUGGACUUUGUGCUGUUCGACUACGACGGGCCGCCGGAGCUUCACGACCUGCCCGACUUCGACGCCGACUGGGACGACAACACCUGGGUUUUCAGCACCAGCCCUCCUCUGAUCCACCCGACCACGCCUCCGCUGCUCCCGCUGUCGGCCAGGACUUCAGCUUCGCUCUUGAAGGCUCCCGCGACCACCUCCAUCUCGCGGAAAAUGGCUGCUGCUACUGCAGCGGCCGUGUCGCCCUCGAGCUCUCCGCGCCUCCCCAGCCCCCCGCCGUUCCCAGAAGUCCAGAUCGGACCUCAAUCGCCAACUGUGGGCGACAAGGCUGCUGGCGACAAACUGUUCGCGCCCCUUCCAGAGACUGAAGAUGGCUCGACGAGGAGGAUUCGGCCGGGGACCAAGGCUGCGGAUAUGGCUUCUGGACUGCCCUUGAUUCCGUUGUCACAGCUUGACUCUCCAUUCCAGCUCCAGGAACACUUGAAAGCUCUAUACCAUAACUACACAAUGCCCAGCGAGUCCGACACGAUCCAACCCAUUACCCGUGAUGUCGCAGUCUCCCUUGCCCAUCCGCCCGAUGGCGUUGAGCGGUCUCUGUGGUUGUACGAGCUGUGCCGCUUCUUGACGAUGAAGGUGAACAAUUUGAUCAUCGCGUUUUUCGCAGAAAACCCGCCUUGCUCGGCCGAAUCGUGUCCCGAAAUGCGCGCGUCCGAAUGGCAGUAUCUUUGCGCCGUGCACGACCCCCCGAAACCCUGCUGCGCCAUUGAUUACUGCUGCCACACGAUCGACUGGGCGACCAACAUCUUGACGUCUCCCAAAUAUUUCCCGAGCCGUCUCACUCUCGGCUCUGACGCUGCCGGCGGCCCACAGGCGAGCAUGCGCUAUCUGACAAACAUCUUCCGUCGACUGUACCGGAUAUUUGCGCACGCCUGGUUUCAGCAUAGGGAUGUUUUCCGCCAGGUCGAGAAUACAGAUGGUCUCUACGUGUUCUUCAAAACCGUGUGCGACGUGUAUGAGUUGAUUCCGCACGACAAUUACACGAUUCCCGGCGAAGCCGAGCAGUCGGAUGGAGAGGGCGACAACGACAACGAAAUCCCGGCUUCUGCUGAGCCGCCAUCGGCGGUUUUACCUGGAGACAAUCGCAGAAUCUCGGUUUUGCGAAAAGAUCAAAAUGGCGUGUCGCAUCCUCAUUUUGCAAUCGAACUUGGUGAACCACAAACACCGGCAAACAUCAGUGCUGCGGCAACGACACGGCGACACAAGCACAGUCCUUCGACGGGGUCUAGUGUGACGACUAUUGCAGAAGCCCUGGAGGAAAACCAUGAGGCGGCUGCCAAGGAGCCAUCAUUAUUCAAGGUUGAGGAAAACAAAGAAGUCGAAUCAAAACCAGCAGCGGAUAGCGAGGUGGUUACGGAAGCGACGAAGGAAGAGACGAACGAACACAAUUCUACGCCAGAUGAGCAGUCUGCGGAGAAGGUGGAAGAUGCUGAGCCGGUAGCCAAAGCCGAGGAGCCUGAAGAGAAAGCAACACAGUUGGAAGCAGAAGAACCCAACGCUUCGUCUUCAGCAGAUUCAGAGCUCGGUGAACCUGGCGCUUCAGAAAAUAAUGAGACCGAGGAAAAGGCAGAGGCUGAGACUAAGACUGAGACUGAGACUGAGACUCCCGUCGAAGAGGAAACAUCCAACACCGAAACAGUGGAAGAUAUACCCGCUGAUACACCGGCUCAACCUAAAGCACCACCCGCAGCAGACCAGGAAACAGUCGAACCUCCACAGACAUCGGCAGAAACAUCUACCAAGAUUUCGGUAGAAGAAAAGCACGCAGAAGACGAUGAAUGA